ACUAAUGCAAACAGCCAUUAAAUUUUCAUUGCCUACUUGUCGGUGCUGCUGCCCUCGGACCAUUUUCAUCUCACUCAAUAAUGGGGUGUGUGAAAGUGGAACCGGGGGUGAGAGCACCGGUAAAUGACGAUCGGCGAUCGGGUCUCUCGAGUGUGGAGAGCAUGGGAGUUGGCGGACACAUGAGUGUUCCACCAUGAACCUCGUCCAGGCCACUCUCAUCUCAUCCGCCCGCUCGAGAGGUCGCGAUCGUCGGACGUGCCAUUAACUUUUUUCGUGUCGUUUUUGCCGUGUCGCCAUUUCCGUUGUGUUUUUCUGCGUUGCGCCCUGUUUUCUUUUUUGUGGUGUCUGUCGUGUGCCGUGCCGUGCUGUGCCGUGCCCCCUCGCUGACAUGACAAAAAGUCCCUUCCUCCCCACCACCACCGCUACUACUACUACCGACAAGCUUUCUGCUCCCCAAUAAAAAUUAACAAUAAUUUAGAUACACAAACUAAAUAGAAAUAUACACAAACUAAAUAGAAAAUACACAAACGAAAUAGAAAUAUACACAAACCAAAUAGAGUUACACAAACCAAAUAGAGAAAACUGUGUAAAGAGAAGAAAGUGCCAAUAAAUGACCAAAAAACAAAGAACCAAUUAAGUGCAAUUAAUUUAACAAACGGUAAAGGGACCAACAACAGCAACAACAACAAUGACGAAAGGAAUGGCCAGACGAGGGUCGAAUAGACGCCACAGCGACGGCGGCAGAGCGGCCCGCAGAGGCGCCCUAGCAGCAGCAGCAGCAGCCAACAACAUCAACACAAACACCGCCAAUAGCAGCAGCAGCAGCAGAGCCCUCGGCGCAGGCGCCAAUACCAACACCAACGCCCCAGCCAAUACAGAGCGCCGACGCCACAGCCACCCACCGUGUGAGUACCCAGCCACUGCCAUGGCCGACAUAUCCACGGCCACAGCCACUCCCCCCUCGAGCCCCGUAAAAACAGCAGCGCCAAUACUGGCCAUGCCCCUCCACUCCCGGCUGCAUAGCGGCGAGCAAUUCUGCUUCCGCCAGUGCCAGGAGGAGGUGGCACAAAGAUGGGAGGCGGCAGCGUCGGCCGCCUCAGCAGCGCCAAUACCAACAAAAAUACCCACCGCAAAUCCCGCAACUCCGCCAAAUCCAAAAAACCCGCCAAACGCAAAGGGAAAGGCCGAUAGGACGCCGCUCUCGCUGCCGCUUUUCCCGCCUCUCACGCUCUCGAACAUCCAAAACCGUUCGGGAGUAACGGGAGAGGGAGAAGACGGAGGAGAGCCGGCAAACCGACGCGCAGGAGCAGAGCGCCAAAUCGGCCAACGGGCAGCUGCACAUACACACACGAACGGAUCGAACCUGUUGCGAGUCGAACUUGCAAUUGACGAUGAUGACGACGACGAAUGGACCGACCACGAUCCAUUCGACGCGCUGGAUGGCCUGGGCGGUGCCUACUGA